AUGCAACUGCAUCUGGUACGACUGCGGUGGGACGAAUUAAACCCGAUGGAGAGAAGGAACUUUGCAAAUGCUUCUGUUGAUUUGAUGUCUCAAAUUGCAAAUCCUUGUGAAGAGUGGGCUCUGAAAAGUCAGAUGGCGGCUCUUGUUGCGGAGUUACUUGAGAGGCACUUUGGAGCUGCAGUGAGUGAAGCAAGCAAGCAACAACUGGAUGUUGCAAAACAGCAUGCAGCAACAGUAACAGCUACGUUGAAUGCUAUUAAUGCAUAUGCUGAGUGGGCCCCUGUAGCUGAUCUUUCAAAAUAUGGCAUAGUUCAUGGGUGUGGUUUCUUGCUUUCUUCUCCUGAUUUCCGUCUUCAUGCAUGUGAGUUUUUCAAACUUGUCUCCCCAAGGAAGAGACCUGCAGAUGACACUGCUGGAUUUGAUUCUGCUAUGAGUAAUAUCUUUCAGAUAUUGAUGAAUGCCUGUAGAGAUUUCUUGCUUGAUCUAGCUCGAAUGCUGGUGUUAUUGAUGAAAGUGAAAUUGGAUGGUCUGAUAUACUUUGAUUUGCUUGCUGGAGUUGGUGGAAUGAGGAAACUAAAUUGCUGUUAUGGAGUUGUUAGGAACAUGGCAUGA